AUGAUACUAGACGAAGAUUUGCUAGAAAAGGUCGCCCAGGAUGGGUCUAUGAACUACGACCAAUGGCCUGAACAGUUAGAACCAUUGAUUCAGCGCCUCGACGAGAUUAUUAGCCAGUUUCCCAUACCGAAAGUACCUCCCGAAAUAGCAUCCUCCUACGCCUCCUCCUCUUACGCCUUCCACGACUCUCUCCAGAGCAGCAACAAGGAGAAUGCCCCUCCUUCYCCCGCCGCAACCCAGACGACAUACAACGGCGCUUCAACGUCAACAUCUGAAUAUGCCACGGCAAAUGAAACCAUAGUGCCAAACUCGCAACCUUCGCAACCCGACACGAACUCUUUACCUCCUCCACUCCUGUCUCUCAUUGACUCUAUAAAGAGUACCCUCCGAACGUACUUUGCGUCGAAACCACCGCAUACCGUUCAACGACUUGCAGAAUUGAUCUUGCGUCCUACGCGUCAGUAUCGAACACUCCCUGCAUAUCUGAGAGCCGUGGAUAGGGUAGUAUCGGUGUCCAGCAGUGCAGACAUAUUCCCACUUCCGCGAAUGGGAAUAUCCCCCGACGACGAGUUAGCGAAUGGGAUUACGAAUGGCGCACGAUCAAGUUUCAUGGUUACAGAUGAGUCGCUCGGCAGUGAUGAGUCACUAGGUGGAGCAUUAUUAACACCAAUUCCCUGGCUGAGAAAUCAUGACCUCGAGGCCGUGCAGGCCGAGAUGGUAGCACAAGGUGCUGUCCCACUCCGUGCAGAUGCCGCAGUAACGCAAGGCGAGCUCAUAAGACAGGAGCAAGAGGCUGGUUUGAUUGCUACAUCACAAACACCACACGUCUCUUCAAGAUCUCUAACCGAGAAAGAAGAAGAAGACGGCGAAAACUCGUCUCCUCAACCAGAAGAAAUCCCGCAUGCACGAGGGCCCUCCGUUCUCGGCGUCGAGGAUCUGGGCCUCCAGGAUGGCAAAGGCGUGGAAAUGGUCCUUUCGGACCCGAACAAGUCUCAAGAAGAAGAAAAAUCUGAGAUGGACGUGUCUGAUUCAAUCGUGGACUUGAUACCCGACGAAGUGGUCUCCGAAGCAGCAACGAAAGAAAAUGGUGCUGACGACGAGGAUAUUAUUCUAGACGACCAAGGUACUACUUCGUCGACAGAAACGAGCACGGAAUUAGAUACGGAUGCUACGAGAACACAGGACGAAACGGGCUGA